AUGGAAGAAUUGGCCCGCGCGGCCCCGCCGCCCUUCUCAGCGGCCCCGCCGCCCUUAGCUGCGGCCCUGCCGCCCCACUUUGCGGCCCCGCCGCCCUUCUUCGCGGCCCUGCCGCCCUUCGCUACGGCCGCGCUGCCCCUCGUCGCGGCCCCGCCGCCGUUCGCUGCGGCCCCGCCGCCCGUCUCAGCGGCCCCGCCGCCCUUCUUCGCGCCCUCGCCGCCCUUCGCUGCGGCCCCGCUGCCUCACGUUGCGGCCCCGCCGCCCUUCGCUGCGGCCCCGCCGCCCGUCUCAGCGGCCCCGCCGCCCGUCUCAGCGGCCCCGCCGCCCAUCUCAGCGGCCCUGCAGCCCGUCUUAGCGGCCCCGCCGCCCUUCACUGCGGCCCCGCCGCCUCUCUCACUGCGGCCCGCCGCCCUACUCAGCGCCCCCGCCGCCCUGGACUGCGGCCCCGCCGCCUCUCUCACUGUGGCCCCGCCGCCCUACGCAGCGGCCCCGCCGCCCUUCACUGCGGCCCCACCGCCUCUCUCGCUGCGGCCCCGCCGCCCUACUCAGAGGCCCCGCCGCCCUUCUACUGCGGCCCCUCCGCCCUUCUCAGCGGCCCCGCCGCCCUACUUAGCGGCCCCGCCGCCCUUCCCAGCGGCCCUGCCGCCCCUUCACCAGCGGCCCUACCGCCCUACACCGCCCGCGCCGCCUGAGCCGCCCAAACUGCCCGAGCCGCCCGAGCCGCCCGACUUGCCCGAGCCGCUCGAGCUGCCCGACUCUCCCGAGCCGCCCGAGCCGCCCGACCAGCCCGAGCCACCCGAGCCGCCCGAGCCGCCCGAGCCACCCGAGCCACCUGAGCCGCCCGAGCCGCCUGAGGAGCCGAGCCGCUGCUGCCACGGAGCCGCAGUUGCUGCUGUGCCGUCCGAGCAGCCAUGUUGCCGUGCUGCUGUACUGCUGAGCUGCCGGACCUGCCCUGCCUGGGCAGACGGUCUCUCCCUCUUUGACCACACCUCUGGUGCUUCCCCUGCCCCUGCUGCCGAUGCCGACGCCACUGUUCGCUCCCAGUGGGCCACUCGCGAUGCUGCUGCACGUCUUGCUGUGCAUCGCCACCUGCCUACCACUGAGCGCGCGCACUUUAGUCAGUACAAGAGUUCUCAGACCUUGUACGACGCUGUAGUUGCACGCUACUCUUCCCCUGCCACUGCUGCACUGAGCCGCCUCAUGCUACCGUACCUCUUUCCUGACCUUGCUGCCUUUCCCACAGUCGCUGACCUCAUUACGCACCUCCGUACUAGUGACACUCGCUACCGCGCCGCGCUUCCUACUGAGUUCUGCGCCAAGAACCCCCCCCCCAUGUACAUCACUCUCUAUUAUAUAGUCACCCGCCUCCCUAACUCCCUUCGCGUAGUCAGGGACCACUUCCUCUCAGUCUGUCCCACCACUCUCAUUGUUGACCUCCUAGAGAAGGCCCUCCUAGCAGCGGAGAAGAGCAUAGUCGCUGUAGGAGCCUCUCGUGGUGACCCUCGCACCCCCAUCUUUGAGGGGUGUUCCCCUUCCCCCCUGUUGCCCUAUGUCGCCUCCGCUGCUGCGGCCGACCUCGUUGGUCUUGAGUCGGUCGGUGCGGCGUCUGCCCCUAGCGGGAGACGCCGCUCUGGCAAGGGCAAGGGGGGCAAGGGCCCGGGUGGAGCUAGCGGGGGUGGUGGAGGUGGCGGUGGAGGCGACGGAGGGAGUGGGGGUGGCGGUGGGAGUGGUGGCGGGGGUGGAGGUGGCGGUGGCAGCAGCGGAGGCGGAGGCGGCGGCGGCGAUAGCGGUGGGAGUGGAGGCGGCGGUGGUGGCGGAGGUGGAGGCGGCGGUGGUGGAGGAGGUGGAGCUGGUCGGGGUGGUGCUUCGCAGCGGAGCAGCUCCGGGGGUGGUCAGCGCCAGCAGCAGCAGCAGCAGCGUUCUCGGGACAUCCCCCCUCCUCAGCAGCUCCGUGAGUGGUACACGCAGCGUCAGCGUGGUGGGGGUUUUGGCCCGUACACCUACGUCCUCCGCUCCGGCGACCGCGCGGGCGUAGCUAUCUAUGAUCUUGACUUUGAUGCUAUCCUUGCUGCCAUGUAUGCUGUGACUAUUAGUGAUGAAGGUGAAUGUUACCGGUGUUUCCCGCCCGACCCGGGCAUUGGUACUGCUGCUCUAGGUGCUGGUGAGGCUGCUGCUCUAGGAGCAAGUGCGUCUGCGCCCUCAGGUGCUGGAGAGUCUGUGCUCUUAGGUACCACGUCGGCUUCGGCCUCCCUCACCUUCACACUUGACUCAUGGGCUUAUCGCUCCUUCUUUCGAGACCGCACCACACUCACGCCGCUUGGUCGGCCGGUUGCAGUCUCCCAGGCAGACCCCUCUGGGGGUCCUGUCCUCUCUCACUUCUCCACUGUCCUCCCGUGUCCGGCUGCGCCCUCAAGUACCUUGUCUGGUCUUUACCUCCCCUCGUUCUCUACGAACUUGGUGAGUGGUGCUGACCUGCAGGAUACGGGGGUUCACCAGUUUACUCCUGCGAGUCAGCGGGUGACCCACUGCUCGGACGCUUGCACGGGCCGGCACCUGGCCACCUUUACGCGUCGGCCGGGGUCGAGCCUCUACACCCUGACCACUGGGUCCCCUCCUGUCCCUGCUUUUGGCCAUGUAGCUGCGUCGGGUCAGGUGUUUGCUGCAGCGUCCAGGUCCCUCCCUCCCCUUCCUCCGGGGCCUGGUCCUUCCUGUGUCCCCUAUGUCGAGGGGCGGCUCCGGGCUGCCGCUCACUCCUCUCAGUUUCCCCCGACAGAGGCCCCGCUGCAGACGCUUCACAUGGACGUGUGGGGCCCAGCCCGCGUCCGUGGACAGGGUCACGAGCGCUACUUCCUGCUGGUGGUUGACGACUACUCGCGUUACACCACAGUCUUCCCCUUGCGCAGCAAGGGUGAUGUCACUGAGGUGUUGAUCAACUGGAUCCGCGCGGCUCGUCUUCAGCUCAGGAGGAGCUUCGGCUCGGACUUUCCUGUUCUGCGUCUGCACUCUGACCGAGGCGGAGAGUUCUCCUCUGGCCUUCUGCGAGCCUACUGUCGUGCGCGAGGCAUCCGCCAGACCUUUACGCUUCCGGACUCUCCACAGGAAAAUAGGAUUGCUGAGCGCCGCAUUGGCAUGGUCAUGGACGUGGCUCGUACGUCCAUGAUGCAUGCGGCUGCCCCCCAUUUUCUGUGGUCGUUUGCGGUUCGGUACGCGGCGCAUCAGAUCAACCUUCACCCCAGGGUCUCCAGGCCGGAGACCUCCCCAGCCUUGCUGUGGACGGGGAAGGUCGGCGAUGCGUCUGCGUUCCGUGUCUGGGGAUCUCGGGCGUUUGUCCGCGACUUGUCUGCGGACAAGCUGUCCCCUCGUGCUGCUCCCUGUGUCUUCCUUGGCUUCCCCCCUGACGCCCCUGGGUGGCAGUUCUACCACCCCACCUCUCGUCGUGUUCUGUCCUCCCAGGACGUCACGUUCGACGAGUCAGUCCCCUACUACCGCCUCUUCCCCUACCGCACUCCUUCCCUCCCCCCGCCACCGCACUUCCUUGUGCCAGGUCCCCCCCCGGUAGACCCCCUCCCCCCUCAGGGUCCUGCCCCUUCAGGUGUGUCCCAGGUAGACGCAGUCGAGCCGGUCGAGGUUGCUGGUGACUCUGGUAGUGCUGCGGGUGCUGAGCCUCGGGGUGCUGACUCUGGGAGUGCUGCGCGCGUGUGUGCUGAGCCUGGGGGUGCUGAGUCUGGGGGUGCUGCGACUGGGGGUGCUGAGCCCGGGGGUGCUACGACUGGGGGUGCUGAGCCUAAGGGUGCUACGUCAGGAGCUGCUGAGCCUGGGGGUGCUGCGUCUGGAGCUACUGAGCCUGGUGGUGCGGAGCCAGCGGCCGCUGGACCUGCUCGUGAGGUGCGCGAGUGGUUUGCCCGGCGCUGGAGGCGUACUGCUGGAGCUGGAGCUUCUUCGGCCACUAAGGGUGCUAGUGCCGCCGGUCCCGGAGGUGCUCGUCCUGGGAGUGCUGGAGCUGCUGGGCCUGCGGGUACGACUGGAGCUGGAGCUGCUGAGGGUGCUGGCGCUGAGGCUACUGCUGUCAGUCCUGGCGGUGGUCCUACUUCGGGUGCUGCAGGUACUGCUGGAGGUCCUGCAGCUGGAGGUGCUGUUGGCGCUGGUGCUGCCGCUGAGGGUGCUGGUGCUGUCCCUGCUGUGUCUGGAGUCGCCGCGCGGCCUCGGCCAUACUUCGUUCCGCUCCUUCAGCAGGUUCUUAGUCUCCCGCCUUCUACUGGUCCUCCUCCUCACUUAGAGUGUCCACAGCCUGUCCAGUCACAGUCACAGUUACCGCCCGCCUCCCCACUGCCUGCUCCCUCUCCUUACACUGGUCCUACUGGAGGUCUUGCUGAGCGUCGUAAGCAUGCGUCUCGUCACGCGUCGCCUGUUCGUGCUGCUCGCGCUAGUGGUCGCGGUUCGCGUCAGCGUCCUCCUCCUGUCCCUGGCACGCACCGGAUGUCUCUGCGUCCGUCCACUGCUCCUCUGCGUGCCCCUUUGCCUUCUCCUCCUGAGUCCUCUCUUCCUGCCCUUGCCGACCCGAAGUCCUACUCUCUUCGUGCUGCCAGUCCUACCGUCACGCGUCUCCUUGCUACUGUCGUCACUGACCCCUCUUUUGAGUCCACUGCUGCGUCUGCUUUUUUUGCUGAGCUUGUCGACUUUGCUGCUCGCUGUCGUCUAGACUACGCUGCUAGUCUUGUUGCUGAGUCCGCGUCUGUCUGCCCUCCGUCCGUCGGGGGUGAGUGUGCUCUUGGCACGGACGUCCUUGAGGACAGGCAGGAGGUGUUCCAGUGUCUGGCUGCUGCUUCACCUCAUCUCGCGUCCGUUCUGCUUACCCCUGAGGGAGACCCGGAAGCACUAGACAUCCUGACUCCGCGCUCUUACGCGGAGGCCGUAGAGGGUCCCUACUCCUCUCAGUGGCAGGCAGCUAUGGAUGCAGAGAUGGCCUUGUGGAAGUCCACAGGCACCUACGUUGACGCGGUUCCUCCUCCUGAGGCGAACAUCGUCAGUGGCAUGUGGAUCUUCAGGGUGAAGCGGCCGCCGGGCUCUCCACCUGUCUUCAAGGCGCGGUACGUGGCUCGUGGCUUCAGUCAGCGGCAGGGAGUUGACUACUUUCAGACCUUCUCUCCCACCCCGAAGAUGACCACUCUUUGGGUGCUGCUACACAUAGCCGCUCAGCGUGACUACGAGCUUCACUCCCUUGACUUCAGCACUGCUUUCCUGCAGGGUAGCCUGCACAAGGAGAUCUGGUUGCGCCGUCCCCCUGGCUUCACUGGGACUUUCCCUCCUGGCACCCAGUGGAGCCUCCGACGGCCAGUCUACGGUCUCCGCCAGGCACCACGCGAGUGGCACGACACACUGAGGACUACGCUUGCGGCUCUUGGGUUUGCUCCCUCUACUGCUGACCCGUCGUUGUUUCUACGCACCGACACCUCUCUGCCGCCGUUCUACAUCCUCGUGUACGUCGACGACUUGGUCUUUGCCACAGCUGACACUGCUGGACUCGCCCACGUGAAGUCGGAGCUGCAAAAGAGACACACGUGCACAGACCUGGGUGAACUGCGCAGCUACCUUGGCUUGCAGAUCACCCAGGACAGAGCACGCCGCACCAUUACCUUGACUCAGUCACACAUGGUGCAGCAGGUCCUUCAGCGCUUCGGCUUCACGUACUCCUCGCCUCAGGCCACUCCUCUGUCUACUCGCCACUCGCUCUCAGCUCUGCCUUCGGAUGAGUUCGUAGAGUCGAGUGGCCCAUACCCAGAGCUUGUUGGCUGCCUCAUGUACCUGAUGACCUGCACACGACCUGACCUUUCAUACCCUCUUAGCAUUCUUGCACGCUAUGUUGCUCCUGGGAGACACCAACCAGAGCACAUGGCUGCAGCGAAGAGGGUGUUGCGCUACUUGUGCAGUACGUGGGGCAUGGGGCUAGUGCUUGGAGGGCGGAGUUCAGUGGUCCUCACUGGGCACGCGGACGCUUCUUGGGCUGACGACCAGGCUACGCAGCGGUCGUCACAGGGUUACACCUUCAGUCUUGGUUCCGGCUCUGUCUCGUGGCCGGCUACUCGCUCGGCUUCUGUUCUCGGCUCCAGUUGUGAGGCUGAGAUCUACGCCGGGUCCAUGGCUGCACAGGAGCUUCGCUGGCUCACCUACCUGCUGACUAACCUAGGAGAGCCCCCUCGUUCUCCUCCAGUGCUGUACGUAGACAAGAAGGCCAUGCUGGCCUUGUGUCGGGAGCAGCGCCUGGAGCACAGAACGAAGCACAUUGCAUUCCGCUACUUUCUUGCUCGUGAGUUGCAACAGCGUGGUCAGUUGCGACUUGCGUACGUGGCCUCUGAGGCCAACACUGCUGAUGUUUUCACCAAGGCACUUCCGCCUUGUGAUCAUCAGCGCUUCUGCACUCAGCUGGGUUUUGUGCCUAUCUUGCCUCACUUGCUCACCCCUUGA